GGCAGGUGGGAUAAAUUCAAUUACUGUCCAUUGCUUUGUUUUGACAUUUAACACGUAUAGACUAGAGCUUCAUUCAGCAGUUCCCAACUCAGCCACCAAUUACGGUGACUUUGAAGGCUUACAAAUGAGCAACCCUAAUUAACCUGAUUUUUUGCUGAUAAUCACUCUCAAUGGAAUCAAAUCACAAAUCCGGGGACGGAUUGAGCGGCACCCAGAAGGAAGCAGCCCUCCGCGCCCUGGUCCAGCGCACAGGAUAUAGCUUGGUCCAGGAAAAUGGACAAAGGAAAUAUGGCGGCCCUCCACCGGGCUGGGAUGCAGCACCCCCAGAAAGAGGCUGUGAAAUUUUUAUUGGAAAACUUCCCCGAGACCUUUUUGAGGAUGAACUUAUACCAUUAUGUGAAAAAAUUGGUAAAAUUUAUGAAAUGAGGAUGAUGAUGGAUUUUAAUGGCAACAAUAGAGGGUAUGCCUUUGUAACUUUCUCCAAUAGACAGGAAGCCAAGGAUGCAAUCAAGCAACUUAACAACUACGAAAUUAGAAAUGGGCGUCUCUUAGGGGUGUGCGCCAGUGUGGACAACUGCCGAUUGUUUGUGGGGGGAAUCCCAAAGACCAAGAAGAGAGAAGAAAUCCUAGCAGAGAUGAAAAAGGUCACCGAAGGAGUUGUCGACGUGAUUGUGUACCCGAGCGCUGCCGACAAAACCAGAAACCGGGGCUUCGCCUUUGUGGAGUACGAGAGUCAUCGGACAGCUGCCAUGGCCCGAAGGAAGUUGCUGCCAGGAAGGAUUCAGUUAUGGGGUCAUCCUAUCGCAGUAGACUGGGCGGAGCCCGAGGUGGAGGUGGACGAGGACACGAUGUCCUCCGUGAAAAUCCUGUACGUGAGAAACCUGAUGCUGUCUACCUCGGAAGAGAUGAUUGAGAAAGAAUUCAACAAUAUUAAACCAGGUGCUGUGGAGAGAGUAAAGAAGAUUCGAGACUAUGCUUUUGUGCACUUCAGUAAUCGAGAAGAUGCAGUAGAGGCUAUGAAGGCUUUAAAUGGGAAGGUGCUGGAUGGGUCCCCCAUUGAAGUGACGCUAGCCAAACCAGUGGAUAAAGACAGUUAUGUUAGGUACACCCGAGGCACGGGUGGAAGAGGCACCAUGCUGCAAGGAGAGUACACUUACUCUCUGGGCCAUGUUUAUGAUCCCGCCACAACCUACCUUGGAGCUCCUGUCUUCUAUGCUCCUCAGGCCUAUACAGCAAUCCCCGGCCUUCAUUUCCCAGCCACCAAAGGACACCUUGGAAACAGGGCCAUUAUCCGAGCCCCUUCUGUUAGAGAAAUUUACAUGAAUGUACCUGUAGGGGCCGCGGGAGUGAGAGGACUGGCCGGCCGGGGCUAUUUGGCCUAUACAGGCCUGGGUCGUGGAUACCAGGUCAAGGGAGACAAGAGAGAAGACAAACUCUAUGACAUGUUACCUGGAAUGGAGCUCACCCCAAUGAAUCCUGUCACUUUAAAACCCCAAGGAAUUAAACUUGCUCCCCAGAUAUUAGAAGAAGUUUGUCAGAAAAACAACUGGGGACAACCAGUGUAUCAGCUGCACUCGGCCACUGGACAAGAUCAAAGACAACUUUUCUUAUACAAAAUAACCAUUCCUGCCCUGGCCAGCCAGAAUCCUGCAAUCCACCCCUUCACGCCUCCGAAGCUCAGUGCUUACGUGGAUGAAGCAAGGACCUACGCGGCCGAGUACACCCUGCAGACGCUGGGCAUUCCCACCGACGCGGCCGAUGCCCCCACCGCGGCGGCUGCCGCCACCGCCUUCCCAGGAUACGCUGUCCCCAGUGCAACGGCGCCUGUGUCCGCAGCCCAGCUCAAGCAAGCGGUGACCCUUGGACAGGAUUUGGCAGCAUAUACAACGUAUGAGGUCUACCCCACUUUUGCAGUGACUGCCCGAGGGGAUGGAUAUGGAACCUUCUGAAGAUAGUUUUAAGUUAAGAAAUACACAGAACUCUAUCCAGAAGAAAUAAACCUCUCGUUCAGUUUCCUUAUAUGAUCACAAGUCCUACUUUUCCUAAAGAGAUGCCUUUCUGGAGACUGCUCAGCUUAUGCUAAUGGUAGAAUCAAGACAUGAGGACAUAUUCCUGGUGAAAUCAAGUAUCAAGAAGCCUCUUGUCCACCAUAAAGCUUAAGAGCCAUUGUCCCCAAAAGUUGGUUCUCCCAGGUUCCUGAGGGUCUUGGGCGUGUGUUUAUGCUCCCUGACGACGAGAAGAGAGGGUUUUUAACCAGCAAGUGUUCAGGGGCUGAGCCGACCCAGCCAGUCAGGAGCAACAAAGGGAGGCAAGCAAACUCCAGAGCCUUAACCCCAGCUCACAGUUGCUUCUGUAAUACACAAAGUCAUGACCAGGCAGCGGUAGGGUGAGAGGAUGAUUUUAUAGAAAUGCUUUCCCUGUUGCCCACCACAUGGGGUAUGUUCUCAGGCCCAAGUCUGUGAAAGACAGCCCAAGGUUUGAUGGGACCAGCAUCACUUCCAUCUGAAAAUAACCCAUCAAUCUGUCCUGGGUGUCCAUCUCCCCGCCCUUUCCAUCUCCCGGGGACCCCUUGGAAAUCCAUGUGAUGUGUUGCAGAUAAGAAUAAAAUUAGUCCAGAUCCAGUGUUUAUUAAACUUAUCAGCCCACACCUCUCCUUCCCUGGACCCCCCCAUCCUUCCGAAGCAUCCCCCAACACAGUAAGCACCCCAACUUAAAAUGGACUCUUCUCCCUUUAAACAUUUUGACUUUGCCCACUUGGAUUUAUUUUCACAUCAGUCUCAUUUUGAUCAUGUCAAAUACCAUAAAAAUGUACACCCAACCUACAGGAAUAUCACUUAGAAUGCUUUUUCCUAUUCCACAAAUGGGCUGAAAAGUCAUUUCAAGGAAAGAAGUGAAGGUCUACUCUCAUUUCUUUGGUGUUUUUGCCACACCCUGACCACCAUCCAGCAUUCAGAGACAGUUAUCUUAGUGUGGGGUUGGCCUUGGAUUGUCUAACCCACUCACAGUCAGUCUGCCAAGAAAUCUACCUUCCCUUCCUUCCACUUUCCACAAGUAUCAGAUGGCUUUAUCAUAUCUAAGCCUUUUGGUCUUGAAAUGGACACAGAAAACCUUACAAACACACACCCUACUACUGAUUAGAA